UAAUCACGAGAUGCAACUAGCAGACUGUCGGCACCAUGUCAAGUCGAAAACAGGAGGAAAACCUCAAAGACAAAAUCAAAAACUUGUUUAGUAGAAAGAAAGACACUGCAGCAGUCUACAAAGGGCCAUCAAAAGAUGUCACCCCAGUGUUUACUUCUGAGAUUCUCAAGGAAAUUGGGCCAGAAAGUCCCAGUAACAACAGAAUCAAGACUAUCAAAGAGAUGUCAGAUGUUGUUCUUAAAAAGAAAUUGGAACAAACAGCUAUUGAGGCUGUUUGGUGUAGCAUCCAGGACCUGGUUCUUCCACAGACUGCCUCAGAGAAGAGACAUGUGGUUCUACACUUCCUUCAGUGUCUGCUGGAAGGGCAGUAUAACCAGCUUGGCAUGAUGAAGGUGCAUUUCUUCAAUGUCAUUCUUAGUCUCCAACUCCAGGAGAAUGUCGGAGAAAAGUUGUCCCUAGCCAGAGUGUUGACAGAAGGAGGGAAGAGUUUGUCGGAAAUUGAAGAUACUGCUGGUUUUGCAUUCCUGGAAUGGUUUCCUACCAUGGUCGCGGCGGGGAAGACUGCAGAGUUCCUUCCCCUGAUAAUCAGUGCUAUAAAGUUCAAUGCGGCAUAUCUUGAAGAAAAUGUAAUGUCUGGAAUAAUCAGAGAAACCUGUAAGGUUUGCAGUUGGCACAAAACUCCAGCAGAAGAUGUCAAGCUUUGCUUGGAGAUCCUGGAUGCGAUAUUAUGCUACAGUUAUCUGCCAAGUAGCACCCUGCCUGAUGUUGUGGCCGCGCUCUGCCGCAUGGUCAACAACCACAAGAGCUGCGAACCUAGUUGGGAGUUGAUGAGGAAACUACUGGGCACUCACCUUGGACACAGCUGCAUACACAUAAUGUGUACUUUGCUGCAAGAAAGCUUGGAACAUACAGAUCCUAACGUUUUGCGUGGAGCAAUCUUCUACAUCGGCAUGUCGCUGUGGGGCUCCAGGAAAGUCGUACAGUUGAAACACACGCCAUCCGCAGUACUGCCAUCAUUCUUACAUGUACUGUACCUGGGUAACCCCAUGAUCAGCUACGAAGUGACACUGUCAGUCCAGCGCUUGGUGAAGAAGUAUGGGAAGGAAAUUCCACGUGCUACAUGGGACAUCAUCCUUGAUAUCCUCGAGAUGGUGUUAAGACAGCUUGAGCAAGCCACAGACCUGUCGGGUAACCCUCGGACCCCGGCCGACCUUCAUGACACUCUGACUGCCAUUGAGCAGCUGGCAGGACAGGGCUCUUUUUCGGGCUCCAUAGAUAGGUUCUUCGGCAUUGUGGAGUUGUGUACUGCUAAACGGCCGGAGACGUCUGUUAUUCUGCUUAUUUCCCACCUGGCAAAGACAAUCAGCCCAGACAGGGACAACUGGAUAAGCUUUCUCUUCCACAUACUGGACAAAUAUUUCAAGCAUGAGACAAGGACGAAGAUCCGACUGAAGGCUCUGGAAGUUCUGUCUCUGGUCUUGAAUUUGAACAAGAAGAUAGCAGAGGAAGAGUUGAUCAACAGUGUGGUUCUACCCCAGCUGUGCCAUAUUGAGACAGACAGUGAUGCUAAUGUGCGGAAGGCUGCCAUGGAGAUUCUGCUGAGUCUGCUUCACCACUGUUCCCCACCCUGCUUCAGUGACAUCAUCACAAUCUUGGAAAAGGUGUUGAGUCGUCCAAUGGUUGGUCACCAGUUAUCUCCGUUUCCCAUGUCAGAGGGCACAGACAUUGUGCUGGAUGAGACUCAUCUCCUAGACAUCAAGGCCACAGUUGUGCCCCUUGUCUGUCUGUUCAAGGAAAAGUUGUGUGCAUUCCCUCCUGGCCUCUAUGUGAGGCUGUAUGGGUUACUAAUUGGUCAUCUAGCUGACCACUACACAACACCCAAGAACUACACCAGUCACACAGCAGCAGCUGUCAGGAAAAUGAUAAUCGAGUGCCUGCUAAGCCUGAGGGCUGAUGUUGAUUAUCGUGUGGGAGUGUAUGAGCCACCUGGUGAGAGACGCCCUCAAUACAGCCCCUAUCUGACAUGCGACCCAAGGUGCCAGGCCCUGUCUCCACCUCGUAGCCCAGUCACCACCGCCCCACCCCCAACGACCCUCUGGAUCAACAAUGCAUAUGUUGACUACUCUAAGGCAUUCACACUGUUUAUGCAGUGUCUUGAAAGUGAACAUGACUGGUGCGUGCUGUACAUGGUGUUGGAGAACCUGCCGCUGCUUCUACAGAACAAGACAAUCAUCCUGUCCGCCCGGGAAAUACAGGUGGACUCUCUCUGCUCAAGACUAUGUGCCAUGGUGAAUGAUCGUCAGCUAGGAUUCCCGGAGAAACUUGUAGGGACCCCGAAGGAUUUUACUCGCUCAGAUUUCCAUGCAACAGUUUUCCCAGUGCUGGCGGCCAUGUCAACUUAUCAUAACUAUCUUGAUAGGAAUAGACAGCGAGAGCUCAUAAAGUGUUUGGAGUUUGGUAUGGUGUCAAAGUGUGCGAAGCUGUGUGUGAACGCCCUGAGACUGUGCACACUCGAAAUCCAGGAAGUCAUGAUGCGUCUCCUCCCCUCCGUCCUGCUAAAACUUACGCAGAUCUCAGCCACAUUUUCCAUGGCCAUUCCUGUCUUAGCCUUCCUAUCAAGUAUUGUGCGGCUUCCAAAGAUGUAUGCCAAUUUUGUUGAAGAGCAGUACAUGUGUAUAUUUGCUAUUGCCCUUCCUUACACGAACCCCUUCAAGUUUAGUCACUACACCGUGUCGCUGGCCCACCACGUGAUUGCCAUAUGGUUCAUAAGGUGUAGGAUGGCCUACCGGAGGAAAUUUGUGGAAAUCAUUCAAAAGGGUCUGAAGGACAAUGUCCUACAACAGUUUGAGGAGAAUGCCCGACAGGCGCUCCAGUCUCAGAACCAGGAUUCCAGUGAACGGGUCCGCUCCGGCAGCUACAGUGAGGCAGCGCUCAGGAGUCGACGUAGAAUGCAGUCGGGGUCUGCAGUAUCACGGAGCGAGGUCAAUGCACCAAUCGACAAUCGACUGUCCCAGUUCCAUCGGGAACUCACCGAGACGUGUACGGACAUCAUGGCUAGAUAUACUUUCGGAAAUUUUUCUGCCUUACCUCGCAGGUCCCACAUGGCAGAGUUUUUGCUGACUGGAGGUCAAUCUCAGACAUGGUUGCUGGGGAACAAGCUGGUCACCAUAACAACCAGUGGAAGUGGCACCAAAGCCCCAAAUUCUGGGGUGUGUGAGAAAUGCCAGGCUCUAUAUCAGCAACCUGUUGAUCAGCGUGACCACCGGCCAGGUCGUAGACGUCAUAAAUCCGCCAUGGUCAGUCGGAGUGUGAGUGUUGUUGACCCUCCCGUCCUGUGGUCAAGCCAGGAUGACAUGACCGUGAACCCACGAAGCUCGCAGGAUGACAUGGUCCUUGACCUGGACAUGACCGGGCAGGAUGCAGCCGUUCAAACAGGGUCUUCCCUCGGGGACGGGAACUCACUCAUUGAGAGUGAACCAUUAGAAUCUCUUAUAUUAGGUAUGAAGAAUGUGUCGUCCCACCAACAGUUUCCAAUUAAUGUGUGUAACUGUUGGUGCACAAACUGGGCUGAGAUCUAUGUGCGUGCACCCAGUGGUAACCUCUCCUGGAUGAUGCGUAUAGAGAACGAGUCUGGCAUGUACAACACCGCUGACUCACAGGUGCCAGACAUCACGAUGCUUUUUGCGUCGAUGGGGAAGAAGCGUUCCCAGGCCCCUGUGGUUUCGCGCUCCAGUCGGCGGAUAGAGAGUGGGAGUAUUGGGGAAGAGGAGUAUGAAACCCUGUAUAAACAACAUUUUGAAAAUAUGAAGACAGAACAACAUGGUACAGAGCAUGUCGAGCUAUCUCAGAUAGCAGAAAAUGGGCAGAGAGGUAAUGCUGACCGGCCUGAGAGUCUUGGUCUGCAGGGGUUGGAACCUCUCCUAGCCGAAAACCACCAGGCAACAGAAGCAUUGACAAUACCAUCAUCGGACAGUGCAAAAAACCAUGAUGUUUUCAAAGGCUCACUGAAGAGAUCAAACUCGUCCCCGUCUAUAAUGAGCGGCAGUUCAGACACCCUCUCUCCACGAGACAGUAUCUCAGACGUUGUACAGUUUGGCCCACUUUUGAAGACCGAUAAGCCUAAACUGGCUGAGAACCAGUCCGUUGAGAAUCGGACCACUUCUGUUACAAAUGUGGAUAAAACUGACACCGUGGUGCAAAAGGAUACAAGUAGUAUCAAACCGUCUGUUGAUUUUGUUAAGAAAGACAGUGAAAAAUCCACCGCCACUGUAGAAAAACCACAGACAAGUACUGACAAAGCAGUGAAGUUUGACAUGGGAGAUGAUGAUGGAGCUUCCAAGGAGUUCACCAGUAUGUUAACAAAACAGUUAAGCCCAUCUCCUGCAAGCUCAGAGGCUUCUUCAACCAUGGACGAUGUGGCUGAUCUUCCUGCUUACCUGAGACGUGCCCGAGGAUUCACAGUAUCCGGACCUUCAUCAUCAAGCCACGCCCGAGAGGGAUUCGGUCAUAAGUUACAUAUCCUAGGGGUGGGACAGGGGGUAGGCACAGGGCUCAAGGAUAGUUCCAGGGUUGGGGUCAACCCCAGUUUUGUGUUUUUGCAGCUGUACCAUACUGGCCAGAUACAAGUGAACGAGAUGCCUCUGCUUUUGCCACAUAAUGAGCAAGUGGAGAGAUCCAUCAAGAUGCUGGAUCACAUCUUCCCAUAUGAGACACACAAGAUAGGCAUCAUCUACGUGGGGAAGAACCAGCCGAAGGAUGAGAAGGCAAUUCUAGGCAAUCAGUAUGGUAGUGAGCGUUAUAUGAGGUUUGUACAGUCGCUAGGCACGUUACUGCGCCUCAAGGACUGUAACCCCCAGGUGACUUACUUGGGAGGGCUGGAUACCAAGGGCAAUGAUGGCGAGUUUACUUACAGCUGGCAGGAUGAAUCCACACAAUUGAUCUUCCACAUUGCCACACUCAUGCCGAACAAGGAAACAGAUCCCAACUGCAAUUUCAAAAAGGCGCAUAUUGGGAAUGAUUAUGUGACGGUGGUCUAUAAUGACAGUGAAGAGGAGUAUAAGAUAGGUGUGAUAAAGGGCCAGUUCAACUAUGUAAACAUUGUGAUUCGUCCCCUUGACUACGAGAGCAAUGCCGUCACUCUGCAAGCAAAGGAAGUUCCAUUUCAAGACCAAAUUACAACAGACAUUGCAGGAACGUUGGGACACACAGAUACAAAGAUCAUUUCCGAUCACAACCUUGCAGCUCUCAUAAGACAGAUUGCAAUCCACUGCAAUUUAGCCUCUAUGGUUCUUCAGCGGCAAGCGUCCCAGCCCCAGGACCCGUUUGCAAACAACUGGCUGGAGCGUCUUCGGAAGAUACGGCGAAUGAAAACCCUUGUAGAUCCAGUGGUCCAGAGUCCAGAUUCUCCAACUAGAAACAUGGAAAACUUUACCCAAUAUGUUUAGUGUUUUAUAAGUGUGCAAAAAGAUAUUUUGCAUUUUUUUUAUAGUUACUCCCUUAACUUUUGCUAUGGUAGUAUUUUUAAAAUGAUUUAGGUAUCAAAAUUAGGUUCAAAUACAUCCAGAUGGAUACACAAGAUUUUUGAAAUACUAUAUAUUUUUUUAAAAGUAGUCUGCCUUCCUUUCCAAUACAAUAAGAGCACAAACUACCAUUUAUUAUGACAUAAAACUGCAUUAGACUUCUGCAUACAUCAAUCAGGUCACGCUCUGUAUGUACGUAGGCACCAUGUUUGAAGUAAACAGCCAGGAAGAUAACAUCAUUUUAAAGAUUUUUUAAAUGAAUGAUUAUUACGUUUGAAACUUAUUAAAAGAUAUUGUUUAUCAGGAAGUAUAUCUAGUCAUUACAUAGUUGAUCGGUAAAACAAACCAACAAUAGAAUCUGAGCAGUCAUUCUAUGGUAUUCAUUCCUUACUUGUCAUUGUUAAAUUAAAAGAUUCGCGUGUAUUUCAUAAACAUUUGAAUUUUGUUAAAAGCCUGAAAAAAUUAAUGUAUUUUGACAUUAUCAAAAAUUAUUUCAUAUUACCAUUUAGUUACUUUAGUGAGAAAAAGGAAUUAAGUUAGGAAAAGACAUUUUACAAACGCCAACUCUACAGUAUUUUGUAUUUUUUUGAAGUCCAUAUCCAACACAAUACAUAGAUUAACAAACAUCACAAUUUGUUAUGUACAUAAUUAUUAUGUAUGUACAUGUUACAUGUAUGUAGCUUUGCUGUGCAUAUUCGGUUGACUAAAAAAAGAAAUUUUAUUUGUUUAAGCCUUAAGGACGAUACCAUUUUUUUUGUAAAAACAUCCAUUAGUCUGUCUUGAUGCAGCAUGCAAGUCUGUCUUGAUGCAGCAUCAGAUAAUCUGUCUUGAUGCAGCAUCCGAUAGUCUGUCUUGAUGCAGCAUCCGAUAGUCUGUCUUGAUGCAGCAUCCAAGUCUGUCUUGAUGCAGCAUCCGAUAGUCUGUCUUGAUGCAGCAUCCAAGUCUGUCUUGAUGCAGCAUCAGAUAAUCUGUCUUGAUGCAGCAUCCGAUAGUCUGUCUUGAUGCAGCAUCCGAUAGUCUGUCUUGAUGCAGCAUCCAAGUCUGUCUUGAUGCAGCAUCCAAGUCUGUCUUGAUGCAGCAUCCGAUAGUCUGUCUUGAUGCAGCAUCCGAUAGUCUGUCUUGAUGCAGCAUCAGAUAAUCUGUCUUGAUGCAGCAUCCGAUAGUCUGUCUUGAUGCAGCAUCCGAUAGUCUGUCUUGAUGCAGCAUCCAAGUCUGUCUUGAUGCAGCAUCCGUUAGUCUGUCUUGAUGCAGCAUCCAAGUCUGUCUUGAUGCAGCAUCAGAUAAUCUGUCUUGAUGCAGCAUCCAAGUCUGUCUUGAUGCAGCAUCCGAUAGUCUGUCUUGAUGCAGCAUCCAAGUCUGUCUUGAUGCAGCAUCAGAUAAUCUAUCUUGAUGCAGCAUCCAAGUCUGUCUUGAUGCAGCAUCCGAUAGUCUGUCUUGAUGCAGCAUCUAAGUCUGUCUUGAUGCAGCAUCUAAGUCUGUCUUGAUGCAGCAUCUGAUAGUCUGUCUUGAUGCAGCAUCCGUUAGUCUGUCUUGAUGCAGCAUCCAAGUCUGUCUUGAUGCAGCAUCUGAUAGACUGUCUUGAUCAGCAUCCGAUAGUCUGUCUGGAUGCAGCAUACAAUAGUCUGUCUGGAUGCAGCAUUAGAAUGUCUCGAUGUGAAAUCUUAAUGUUUUUAUGUUAAAGCUAUUUACAUGGACCAUUUGGAAAUGUUCUGUGUAAGCUGAUGGUUGUGAAGAUGUAAACUCAUUCUGCUGUAUAAAGUCUGACUACACAACAUGGAGAGCUUCAUGUGCAGCUGUCAGGGACAAAAUAUACGUAUCUCUAGUCCAGUAUGAGGCAUUAUUCAUGUAUUCAGUACAUAUAUACCGGUACAAGUGGUAGUAAAUUAGUUGUUAGAGGUGAAUAUGUUAGUUUCCUUUCAUUGGAAGUGGUUUUACAUGUUUUCUAGGUCAACUUUUAAUAACAUGGUCUGUUUCCUUUGUAUGUGAAACAUAAUUGUUAAUGAGGCCAAAAACUGACAAAUUCAAAAAUUAGCCAUUAGACCUAUUUUGGAGUGUUGUAGUACAGAUAUUACAUGAUUGUACAUAGGGAUAUUUUUCACAAAGAAGCCAUUGUGCAUUUUUAUUCCAGUUAAUCAUCAGUAGAAUAGUGGAGAUUGCAAAGCAACAAACUUGAUUCAAUCAAGUCUUGUUUUCCAAUUGUAAUUUGCAGAAGCUAGUGUCUGAAACUUCUGUCAUUUGAUAUUGAAGUCUGUGAUUGUAUAUGGGAGGAGCACAAGUUGAAAUUGCGAGAUGGUUCCAUGCAUUAUACUAUCAUAUAGAGUGUACUAAGCUGAAAACGUGGCGGUCAGUGCAUUAUAGUAUUAGAAUUUGUUUAACUAGAUGGUGAAAUUAAAGUGGCAUAUAAAUGCUGAGUGACAAGCUGUGCCCUUUUCCUGUGAAUCUUUAUAAAUGUACAUUUAUGGGUAAAUUAAGGUGUUUGAAUACCUUACUUCACAACCUUUUUUAUUCUUGUAUGUUUGGAUUUUGUCUGUUGUAUCAUUUUCGAUAUAACGGGAACUUUUUGUCUGUUAUUGAUGUGCUUAUUUUUGUAUUUUAUCCUGUGAAACAAAUACUAUAAUCUCAAAAAUUAAAGUAUCAUAAACCUU